AUGACCAGCUGGUUCCAGCGCACAAGGGAUGCCUUGUUUUCCGUGAAUGGCUUGACCAUCAGCUGCCUGGCUUUUGGCUCGUGGCUCCUGUUGAGAGAUUUGCUGAACGACUACUGGGCUGCCAAACGUUUGGCGCAGCGCAAGGCUUUGGAGGAGCAGAUGCAUUUGGCGCCUCGGCAGUGGCAUGCUGAGGACCUGGCCCCAUACAAUGGCACUGAUCCACAGAAACCGAUCCUGAUCGGAGUAGAUGGUGAAGUCUUCAAUGUAUGGCGCGGCCGCGACUUUUAUGGAGCUCAGGGCCCUUAUGGCGUUUUUGCUGGCAAAGAUGCCACUCGAUACUUCGCCAAGCAGCUUGUUAGCCUCGAGGACGAUGAUGGCCAGCCUUUAACUUCCGAGGAAUUGGACAACAUGAAGAGCUGGAAAGAGUUUCUGAGAUUCAAGUAUGAUGCUGCUGGCACGCUGGUGGCAUGA